GGGUAGCAACAGUUGCCCCGGUGAAGGAAACGGAGGCGCCAUAGCCACGGUAGUCGUGGCGACCAAGCAACCCGGCAACGCGAGUCAACAACAACAACCGCCCCGGCCGACCCCCCCCACCCCCCCUGCCCGGCUCCGGGACCCUGGCAAAUUCCACCCCCCAAAAAAAUCUUCUCCGAGGCCCCCCGGAAACCCCUUCGGCGGACAGAAGGGGGGGAAAGCUGAGGAAGCAAAAAAAAGCCUUAUUUAUUAUCAUUUUCCCCACUGUUGGCAUGGCAACACAGGCGUACGUUACUGAGCUUCAGGCGGCCCCGCAACCACCACAGCCUCAACAAGCCCCUCCACAGGCUCAGCCCCAGCCACCGCCACCACCAGCGGCCCCUCAGCCACCACCACCACCACCACCGCCGCCGCCGCCACCUGCCGCUGCCACCUCCCAGCCACAGUAUGUUAGUGAACUGCAGAGCCCACAGCCCCAACCUGCCAGCCAGAAACAGUAUGUGACUGAUAUCCCAGCCCCCCAAGCACAGUCACAGCCCAGUGGCCAGCCUGCCCCAGCCCCGGCCCCCCAGCAGUUUAUCGUGGUGACGGUCUCAGAAGGGGCCAUGAGGGCCAGUGACACCGUCUCAGAAGCCAGCCCAGGCUCCACAGCCAGCCAGUCUGGAGUGCCAACACAGGUGGUCCAACAGGUCCAGGCCACACCGCAGCGGUUGCUGGUCCAGGCAAGUGUGCAGGCCAAGCCUGGUGCCGUGUCCCCUCUGCAACUUACCAGCAUCCAAGUGCCCCAGCAGCGAUUGGUGGUGCAGAGCACAACCCAGGCCAGCAAAGGGGGCCCGGCCUCAUUAGCUGUUCAUAGUGUCCAACAAGUGCACUCUCCCCCAGAGCGUUCACCAGGACAGGGGAACAGCUCCACCAGCAAAGCUGGCUCCGUGCAGCAGCUCCAGGUGCAUAGUGUCCAGGCCGUCCCUGUCACACAAGAGAGAUCCGUCGUGCAGACCACUCCACAGACACCAAAAUCAGGCCAAGUGCAGCAGCUGACAGUACAAGGGUUGCAGCAGGUCCACGUCACUCAAGAGGUGCAACAGCUCCAGCAGGUGCCCGUGCAGCAUGUGUACCCCAGCCAGGUUCAGUAUGUGGAAGGCGGUGAUGCCAGCUACACAGCCAGCACCAUUCGCUCAGGUACCUACCCCUACACAGAGACACCACUAUACACCCAGAAUGCGGGCACCAGCUACUAUGAGUCCCAGGGCACAACGGCGCAGGUCAGCACACCUGCCACCUCACAGGCUGUGGCGAGUAGUGGCUCAGUGCCCAUGUAUGUGUCGGGUGGCCAGAUCGUCACCAACUCUAGUGGCACAAGCAGCGGAGGGGGCGGCGGGGGCGGCGGGGGCGGCGCCGGCACCUACGUGAUCCAGGGCGGCUACAUGUUGGGCAGCUCCAGCCAGUCGUACUCUCAUACCACCCGUGCCUCACCAGCCACUGUUCAGUGGCUGCUGGAUAACUAUGAGACGGCUGAGGGUGUGAGUCUGCCCCGAAGCACCCUCUAUUGCCACUACCUCCUGCACUGCCAGGAACAGAAGCUAGAGCCCGUCAAUGCUGCCUCUUUUGGCAAGCUCAUCCGUUCCGUCUUCAUGGGCCUCCGUACUCGCCGGCUCGGCACCAGGGGGAACUCCAAAUACCAUUACUAUGGCCUGCGUAUCAAAGCCAACUCUCCACUCUUACGCCUGAUGGAGGACCAGCAACACAUGGCCAUGCGGGGCCAGCCCUUCUCCCAGAAACAGAGGCUUAAACCAAUCCAGAAGAUGGAGGGCAUGACCAAUGGUGUGGCAGUAGGACAGCAGCAGGCAUCAGGCCUGUCCGACAUCAGUGCCCAAGUCCAGCAAUACCAGCAGUUCUUGGAUGCCUCAAGGAGCCUACCAGAAUUCACUGAGCUUGACCUACAGGGCAAGGUGCUACCUGAGGGGAUUGGAACUGAAGACAUCAAGGCCUUCCAGGUCCUUUACCGGGAGCACUGUGAGGCCAUUGUGGACGUCAUGAUUAACCUGCAGUUUACGCUAGUGGAAACUCUGUGGAAGACCUUCUGGAGGUAUAACCUCAAUCAGCCCAGCGAGGCCACCCCCCUGACUGUCCACGAUGAAGCAGAGAAGCGGCUGCCCAAGAGCAGCCUGGUGCUCCUCUCCAAGUAUGAGCCUGUGCUCAAGUGGACCAAGGACUGUGACAACUUGCUGUACCAGGGCCUGGUGGAGAUCCUUAUCCCUGAUGUGCUGCGGCCCAUCCCCAGUGCCUUGACACAAGCAAUUCGGAACUUUGCCAAGAGCCUAGAGAGCUGGCUCACCAAUGCCAUGAUGAACAUCCCUGAAGAGAUGGUUCGGGUGAAGGUGGCCGCAGCCAGUGCUUUUGCCCAAACACUUCGGCGCUACACUUCCCUCAAUCACUUGGCCCAGGCAGCCAGGGCUGUACUUCAGAAUACGGCCCAAAUCAACCAGAUGCUCAGUGACCUCAACCGUGUUGACUUUGCCAAUGUGCAGGAGCAGGCCUCAUGGGUAUGCCGCUGUGAGGACCGCGUUGUACAGCGGCUGGAGCAGGACUUCAAGGUGACUCUUCAGCAGCAGAACUCACUGGAGCAGUGGGCAGGCUGGUUGGAUGGCGUGGUUAGCCAGGUGCUCAAGCCCUACCAGGGCAGUGCCAGCUUUCCCAAGGCUGCCAAACUCUUCCUUCUCAAGUGGUCUUUCUACAGCUCCAUGGUCAUCCGGGACCUGACCCUGCGCAGUGCAGCCAGCUUUGGCUCAUUCCACCUGAUCCGUCUCUUGUAUGACGAGUACAUGUAUUACCUGAUUGAGCACCGGGUGGCCCAGGCCAAGGGAGAGACACCCAUCGCUGUCAUGGGCGAGUUUGCCAACCUGGCCAGUUCCCUGAACCCCCUGGAUCCUGACAAAGAUGAGGAGGAAGAAGAGGAGGAGGAGAGUGAAGAUGAACUGCCCCAAGAGAUCUCUCUCAACUCCAGUGAGUCAACUGCCCUCAGCUCAGAGCCCUUGGAGCCCCCUGCCAAGCUGGCAAGGACUGAUGGACGGGGCAUCUUCGUGCAGGCCCUGCCCUCAAGCUAAAAGCCCUGGCUAUUUGCUGGGGCUCCCCAGGACUCUGGCCCUCAGAGGGCAGGGCAAGGGCUGUUUCAGGGGCCACCUACCCCAAACCCACCUUGUAGCUGUGGGAAUCCCAUGAGCCCAGGCUUCCAGCAAAGGAGAAGCCUGGCCUCACCAGCCUUCUACCUUCCACCCCUACUCUCCUUCCCCCAACAGACACCAAAGUCCCAGCCAGACUCCAGGCUUCCCUGUAGCUCAUGGGACUUGGUGUGUUUUUGCUCUGGCCCUCAUGGUGGGGCAGGAUACACCCCUAGCUACUGAGGGGGGAGCGGGAGAGCUCCUCAAAGCAGGGAAGGCAUUGGCCCUGCACCUGUCACCCCUGCAAACCCACCCCUUCCUGUGGCCUUUGUUUGCCCCUGCGGGGUAUGGGGGUGGGUGGUAGCACAAUCCCAGGGCAAGAACCACUUGGCUGCACUGGAAGGAUUUUGGGGGGGAGGGAGGGGUCAGGGGAGCUGGCUCCUCAAUACUGCAAACACUGACACAAAAGACAAAGACGUGCCUUAAGGAACAAACUGAGCGUCCUGGCUGGCGGCAGGCUCCCUGGGGCAGUGGGCAUGGCCCGGAGCAAGAGGGAGAGUGGAGCAUCUCUUCCCCUGGCCACUUGCACAGGCCCAGAGCUGUGCCAAGCCUGGCCCACGGGGCCAUCUGCCCAGCUCCCUACAGUGGGCAUGGUGGCUCCCAGGUUUCCCUCACCCUCUCCUACUCCCUGGAACUGAUUCCAAGCUCUGGCUUUGCACAGUGGCUUGCCCCCCACCCCAGGCUGUCUGGGGCUUAGGGGAUGCUGAGCUGCCACCUCUGACACAGGUAGUAUGGGUAGGGGGAGGGGUCGUUGCUCUUUGCAAGAGCAGUUGCUAAAGUGCAGAGGUCCCUGUCACCACCCAGAAUCCUCCUUCCCCCAGUCCACUUCCCUUCUUGGUUUAAGUGCAAUUAAAGCAGUUCCGGGCACUGCUUUAGGUGAGGGCUUGUGGGUCAGGGCCCUGCCCAUCAGUCUCCUUCCCUGACCCCCUAUUCGGCACCCUCUGCUGUGAGGGAGCAUUGCAGGCCUCCAUCAAGCCUUGGGAGAGACCCUCUCCUUCACAGGCUGUAUCUCCACCUCAGUACCCUUCCUCUGCCCCAUCCCAUCCAGGCCUGGAGUUGUGGCAGGACCCUCUCCCUCCCCAAGGGCAGGGGAGAGACAGCUGAUGGGGGGAGAUGAGCAGGAGAGGCUUCCUUGUUUCCUCCUAGCUUCCAAAGACCAGUGCUAGAUUGACACUGCCCUGAGAGCUGCCAGCCUAGCCCAGCUCUGGGAGAUAAGGCCAAGGUGCCUCCUUCCAAGUGUGGCCAGCCUCCCCUGGAGCAGGCAGGCGGCAGGGGCCUGGGUAGCCCUCACUCAUAAAAAUCCCCCCCACACCCCAACAGCUGCCCUCUAUGCUGGUUUGUCAUGGAACCUUCUUAGCUAUUCUAGUUUUCCAGAGAUCUGUGCUUUUGUAAUGUAAUGAUCUAACCCUCUCUCUAAACCACAUAACUAUUGUGCGAUUUGUGAGCGAUAUCCACUCAGAGUCGGUAGCUGUUGGGGUUUUUCCAACCAUCAUGGCCUUAUUCGUUCCAAUUUUUUCAGUGUUUUCAACAUGUGAGAUAGAUGUUUAUGGCAAAACAAAAAACAAAAAAAAAAAAACCCUGACCUUAUUGUAUAAAAAAAAAAAUCACUAUUUUGUGUGCUCCAAGUGCAGCAGCUGAGGGGACUGGCCCCCACUCUGCUGGUGGCUGGUGCCACCGUGGGCCCGGGCAGCCAGGCCCUCUUCCCCGUGGUGGUGAAAGUGUCAAAGCGUGUGGUAGUUAGAGAGCCCGAGCUGUUUUCUACCUUUUUGUAGUCUUUCUUAAAACACAAUAAAUUCUGCUGUGUUAUUUGGCUACCA